GAAGCACAUCACAAAUAAGCAGCUGAGGGGAAAAAAAAAAAAAAAACGCGCCAUCGUUGUAGAAGCCGACGUGACGCACGAAUGAGCUCCCGCAGAAACGCCCCCAAUUUGUUCCCAUUAAGAAGAACAACUUCUGAGCAGGCACCCCCACAGGGAAAAAAGCCACACGCGUCGCUGCAAAAGUAGCUGACCAGGUGAAGCAGGCGCAGGAAAAAGGGACCCCCGCGUAGCAGCCUGGGAUUUUCUCUCCUAACACACGUAUAUAUUUAUCCGUACAUUUGUGUACCCCGUUAACCGUCACCACUACCCCAAAAAAUGACCAACAAGGAGGAAGCGCUACGGCUGAAGGAAAUCGGAAACAAGUGCUUCCAGGAAGGGAAGUUCGACGAGGCCGUGACCCACUUUUCAAACGCAAUUAAGAAUGACCCUCAGGACCACGUGCUACACUCCAACCUGUCGGGGGCGUACGCAAGUAUGGGGAGGUUCUAUGAAGCUCUGGAGAGCGCAAACAAGUGCAUAAGUUUGAAGAAAGAUUGGCCAAAGGGAUACAUAAGGAAAGGAUGUGCAGAACAUGGGCUGAGGCAAUUGGACAGCUCAGAAAAAACCUACCUGGAAGGACUCCAAAUUGACCCAAACAAUAAAUCGUUAAAGGAUGCCCUAGAAAAUGUGAGGAAGGAAAAGGCAGCAGAAAAUAUGGAAUAUAUUAACCACAUAAAUACCAUCAUUCAAAAUGACGCAAACUUAAAAGCGUACAAAGAAGAAAAUCAAAAUUACCCAAAUGAACUGCUAAACACUAUAAAGGCCAUCAAUGCGAACCCUAUGAACAUUCGAUACAUACUCUCCUCCUGCGAUAGGAAGAUAAGCGAAGGGGUGGAAAAAUUCUUUGGCAUCAGAUUUAAUGAAGACGCGGCGUAUAAUGAAGAAAGGCAACGACGAAUGGAAGAAGAAGAAAUGAAAAAAAAAAAACAACAAGAGAAGGAGGAAGAAGAGAGGAAAAAGAAAAAUCGAUCCCCAGAAGAAAUACAAGGUGAUGAACAUAAACAGAAAGGAAAUGAAUUUUACAAACAAAAAAAAUUUGAAGAAGCUUUGAACGAAUACGAUCAAGCGAUACAGAUAAAUCCAAAUGAUAUUAUGUACCAUUAUAACAAAGCGGCAGUAUAUAUAGAAAUGAAGCAACUCGAUAAGGCCAUCGAAACGUGUCUGUACGCUAUAGAAAAUAGGUACAAUUUUAAGGCCGAUUUUGCUCAAGUGGCAAAAGUGUAUAAUCGGCUAGCCAUCAGCUACGCCAAUUUGAAGAAUUACGAUAAAGCGAUUGAGGCGUAUAGAAAGUCGCUCGUUGAAGAUAACAAUAGAGCCACCAGAAACGCCCUGAAAGAAUUGGAAAGGAAAAAAGAAAAAGAAGAAAGGGAGGCCUAUAUCGACCCAGAAAAAGCUGAAGAGCAUAAAAAUAAAGGAAAUGAAUACUUUAAAAAUAAUGACUACCCAAAUGCCAAGAAGGAAUAUGAUGAAGCUAUCAGGAGAAAUCCAAAUGACGCCAAAUUGUACUCCAAUAGGGCUGCUGCUCUGACCAAGUUGAUAGAGUACCCAUCAGCCCUCGAAGACGUAAUGAAGGCCCUCGAACUUGACCCCAAUUUUGUCAAGGCCUACAGCAGAAAGGGAAAUUUACACUUCUUCAUGAAGGACUACUACAAAGCUCUGCAGGCCUAUAACAAAGGACUGGAGCUGGACCCAAACAAUAAGGAGUGCCUCGAGGGAUAUCAAAGGUGUGUGUAUAAAAUUGACGAGAUGUCCAAAUCGGAAAAGGUAGAUGAAGAGCAAUUUAAGAAAUCCAUGGCCGACCCCGAAAUUCAGCAGAUCAUUUCGGACCCUCAGUUCCAGAUCAUUCUGCAGAGACUCAACGAGAACCCCAACUCCAUUUCGGAGUACAUUAAGGACCCCAAGAUUUUCAACGGCCUGCAGAAGUUGAUCGCCGCGGGGAUACUCAAGGUCCGCUAGGUGUGGCGAAGCGGUGGUGACGCGGUGGCGAAGCGGUUAGCCCCCGCUCAAGGAGACCACUCGCGCGGAUAUGCGAAUGCGUGCCUGCUCGGCGCGCCCACCGCUUCCAUUCCCUCCGGGUCCCUUUUUAUUUACGUGAAAAAUGGGGCACCCCUAUCCCUCCACGCGGUGUCUCGCGCGAGAGGGUGCCCUCCCUAAUUCAUCAUUCUUCCACCAAAAAAGUGAAAAAAGUGAAAAAUGCGAAAAAAGCGACAAAUUAACAAACGCACGAACGGU